AUGAAUGUGAUAUUAAAUAUUAUGAAUAAUAAUCAUUUUUAUCGACCCACCUUAACAGGAAACAAAAAUCGUCAUAAGGUUAAUGCAGACAAUUUAGGACAUAUUUUAAAAGUAUAAUCAAACAAAAAGUAAAAUUCAUCACACUUUCCUGGUAUAAGCAAAAUACAAAAUUCAAUAUUUCUUUUAGAAUCUUAGAUCUUUGAGUUGUCCCAAAAUUUUGAUCAUAAUUCAGUUGUUGAUGUGAGACAAUUUAAAGAGCAAUCAGAUUCAAGAUAAAGAGUUAAGACUGAAAUAGUAAGACCCAAAUAUCAAUUACAACUUUAAAGUUAGAAAGUAGAUUAUCCUACUGCAUAUUUUCCUAAAUUAAAAGAUAGAGCUCAAUCAUACUAAAAAAAAAAAUACGAAAAAGUAAUUUCAUAAUUGAAUAGAUAGCCCCCGAGGUUGAUUUAAGUGAAUCCCCUGUGAGUAUUAGAGAUUUGUAGAAAUCACUUGAUUAUAGUAGAAGCAUUUCAAAUAAACAAAAAAGAAAUCUGACUCCACUCUAACAAAGAACAAUUGAAGUAUCUAAAAUAAUUAGUUAAUCUGAUCAUUUAAAUUAAGAGGAAAUUAUGCAAUUUUCAUUUGGAUUGUAGUACAAUAGAAUUAAUAUUGAAAAAUAAAAGUCUAAAUUUCCUAAAGACAUUUUUCUUGGAAAUGUUAGAAAGGUCAAAAGAAUUUUUUAGUAACAAUGA